GUAUAAAUAAUCCUAGCUAAUGGCAGCAGGGAGAGCAAAGUAUCAAGUCAUCAACCAGAGAAUUCUGUGACCUGCUUGAUCCCGCAGCUAGCCAUGACGAUCGGCGUCUGCUACGGCGUGGUGGCCAACAACCUCCCGCCGGCUAACGAGGUGGUGCAGCUCUACAGGUCCAAGGGCCUCACCGGCAUGCGCAUCUACUUCGCCGACGCCAAGGCCCUCUCCGCGCUCCGCGGCUCAGGCAUCGCCCUCAUCCUCGACGUCGGCGGCACCGACGUGCUGGCCAGCCUCGCCGCCAACGCCUCCAACGCGGCGAACUGGGUCCGGGACAACGUGCGGCCCUACUACCCGGCCGUGAACAUCAAGUACAUCGCCGCCGGCAACGAGGUCCUGGGCGGCGACACGCAGAACAUCGUCCCGGCCAUGCGGAACCUCAACGCGGCCCUCAAUGGCGCCGGCCUCGGCGCCAUCAAGGUGUCCACCUCGAUCCGGUUCGACGCGGUGACCAACACCUUCCCGCCGUCCAACGGCGUGUUCGCGCAGGCCUACAUGACGGACGUGGCCCGGCUCCUGGCCAGCACCGGCGCGCCGCUGCUCGCCAACGUGUACCCCUACUUCGCCUACAAGGACAACCCGCGGGACAUCCAGCUGAACUACGCGACGUUCCGGCCGGGCACCACGGUGCGGGACCAGAACAACGGGCUGACCUACACGUGCCUGUUCGACGCCAUGGUGGACGCCCUGGUGGCGGCGCUGGAGCGGGCCGGCGCGCCGGGGGUGAGGGUGGUGGUGUCGGAGAGCGGGUGGCCGUCGGCGAGCGGGUUCGCGGCGACGGCGGACAACGCGAGGGCGUACAACCAGGGGCUGAUCGACCACGUCGGCGGGGGCACGCCCAAGAGGCCCGGCUUGCUGGAGACGUACAUCUUCGCCAUGUUCAACGAGAACUUCAAGACCGGGGAGCUGACCGAGAAGCACUUCGGGCUGUUCAACCCGGACAAGUCGCCGGCGUACCCCAUCCAGUUCCAUUAGUCUGGCUGCGUCGUCCAUACAUGCGCCGGCCCGUACGUACACACGUGCACUGUCAACCUAAAUAAGCUGCGUAUAGUGCAGGAGUGAAGUGUAACGUGGGUACAAUAUACGUACACGUCGACAUAUUGUCAGCCUAAAUAAGCUGCACGUAUUGCACCAGUGAAGUGUAACGAGAGUGCAUCUCAGAACAUCGAUUCAUGCAAGAGUAGUGCGACCAUUCCAGGUGGUGUUAUAUAUCGUCUGUCAUGAAUAAAGAGAAGGAAAUUGAGGCAGUUA